CCCCUUACAGUUUUUCAGCAAAUAAACACAGACGGAUUGCCAAGUAUAAAAGACCCUAUCAAACUGGCAAUAAAAAGGAAAUGAAAGGGGUUUCUUCAAGGGUAACCAUACUGUACAUGCAUAUGGAAAUGUCAAAUGUAGAAACUAUAUUCAGUGUCAAACUCAACUAUUCGCUAUAGGUAUUCUGUUACACUCAAUUAUCAAGGGUAGUAAUUACAAGCAUCUGGUAAAAGCACUUUUAAUAAUAUACAUUAAAUAAAUGCACAGGUUCCUCCCUUCUGCCUAAGCUUAGAGAGGUGUGUGUGUUCUGUCAAGUGGGAUGUAAUAGUGAGGCAAGGGUUUGUUUAAGCCAUUCAUUAUGGAUGAUUAACACAGCGUAUUUCUCCAUGCCUCUCAGGAAACAUGGUGAGCAAGGAGGGUGGCAAAUGCAUGCUCACCAACUCAGAGUCUGACUCGGAGGCAGCGCCCUUACCCUCUACCUCACUGGCGCUGGAGGUGAAGUAUUCCCUGGAAGCCAAUCGACAGGUGAGGAAGAGAAACAAGGCCCUGCAAGUGCGUUUCAAGGAUAUCUGCGAGGCACAGAACGAGCAAAGGGAGGCGGAGUUGCAGGCAGCAGGGAAAGGUGGCAAGCCAAUCUCAUACAAAGUGGCGUACCGCAAGUACAUGACCGUCCCUGCCCGUAGAUCCAUCCCAAACGUCACAAAGAGCACAGGUGUGCAGACGUCCCCUGACCUGAAGAAACGCUAUCAGACCUUUCCCUUUGAGCGCAAGAAAGGCCACACCUUUAAACACGUGGCAGCUGUGGAAACUUAUAAAGGUCAGAAUAACGGUUUUGUCAUGGAGGUGAAGCAGUCCAAGGCUGCUGAGCAGGGUUUAGAUGAGGAGGAGGAGGGAGCCUGCGGGGGGAGUGGAGUCCGGAGGACCAAGGCUCUGCUCCAUACUAAUGAGUGCAUUGCCACAGUGGAGCAGCACACUGCACCUGAUGGCCUGUGCUCUGACGCUCUGCUGCUCAGCUGCUCUGCUGACACAGACUGCCUUGCAGACACACAGAGAGGAAGCAGAGGCGGAGCACAGGCAGAGUACCAACUCUGCAGCGUCCCAUCCAAAGCCAGGACAGGAUUACAACACAGGGAGGCUGAUACAGACCGCUCGACCAAGAGGCAGCUGCUUAAUCUGGAGGAGGGCUUGUCCCGAACCCUGCCGGACAGGGCCUCCAAGGUUACUGGCCCCAUUGCCUGGAACUCCCUUACGCAGGUGGAGUGCCUGGACAGUCCAACCGUGCGGAGCAAGCGGAAGAAAGCCCUGCAGCUCAACGGGCUGCAGAGUGAGACGCUACCACGUUCCAGCAGAGGCUGUACAACACAGGCACAGUGCCACACAGGACAGUUGUCUGCCCGGCCUCUACGGGGCAUGGAGGAGCCUCUGUCACCCUGCAGAGGUGGUGAGGCUGGUGGAGCACUGCCCGACCAAACACAGGAGGCCUGUAAGCAAAUAGUGCCUAUGAAUCCAGAUGGGGAUGUUAAAGCACAGCUCCAGGUCAUGGAAAAUCUCAUCAGCUCCAGCCAAGAGACGAUCAAGGUGCUGCUCGGGGUCAUCCAGGAACUGGAGAAGGGGGAGGCCCACAGAGAAGGACUCUCCUAUCGAACCGGACAGGACACGGCUAACUGUGACACAUGCCGGAACAGCGCAUGCAUUAUUUACAGUGUGGAGCUGGACUUCAAGCAGCAGGAGGACAAGCUGCAGCCGCUGAUGAAGAGGCUUUGCCCUUCAGACGACGCCCACUUCGCCCCCCUGCCUUACCCCCAGGAGGCCUUCACCUCCACCCCAAAACGCAAGUCCAAAGCUGACUCCAAGAAGCACGCUCGCUGGAAACUUUGGUUCCUGUGAAAACACAGGACCAUCUCCUCACCCAAUACCGAUGCACAGGAUUUAUGCAUCCGUCUCGUCGUUCGUUCGGUUUGUCCAUCGUCUUUUAUUUUAUCACAUCUACUUGGCUUUUUGUAGACUUGGUAACCAGUAUUAAUGGAGAGCUCCACAACUGGAUACUGAAUCCCUUUCUCAGAGAUGACUGGAUGUGUAAUGGGACACAAGUGUGGAUUCCACGGAAAAAUCUAAACGUCAUGCUUACCAAAAAUUCCAAUUUAUUUUGAACUAAUUUCUUCAAACAGGGUGUGAAAUUACACCACGGCAACACAUUUGGAGAUCAGCAAGGUGGGAAGAUGUAUUUGAUUUCCUUCUGUCUAUGUGCAUAUAUUUUUCUAGCUGACAUCCAUGGGGUCCUAUUCUAUGAUAAUAGUCCAGUGACCAUCACAUUUCUAUUCACCAGUUGGGACUUUGUCUUUCUUCCCAGCCUCCAGGAGAGGUUGGCAAGUCAACCACGAUGCUCUGAGGUCUACAUCAACAGCAUAUCACCAUACUGCAAAGCACAAUUAACACUGUUCAGGAUACCUUUUCUCCAGAAUAAUUAAAAAGAACUAUUUUGAGUAUUAACUCACACCUGUAGAUCACCUCCUAACAAUGACAGAUUGAAGACUUUCAUAAUAUCUAAAGAAGAGGCCUAAUGGACAAAGAAGUCAGAGAUGUUUAUGGAAAUUCUAUGAUCAACUUUCUAUCCAUUGGUAAAAUGUCUCCUUGAAUCGACUGACUUUGAAGUAAAAAAUGAAUAAAUAACAGUUAUUUUCUUAAUAACAUUUGCAAA